CAGAGGUUUUCCAGGGCGGGUUCCAGUAAUCUGGCGUCCAGCAGCGGAGGCGCGCGACCAACUGUCUGGACUUCCCACUCGCGUCAGGAGCUGCUCUCAGUCACGCAGGGGAAAACUUUCCUCUUUUUGUCUCCGUGGCUCUAAGCCUCAGAACGGGACUUGAUCUGUCAGUGCUUUGGUUUGAUUUAGAUUUCUGGCGCCACGCAGUUGCAUCCAAACGUCUCCCAAAGGAUUUUACGCACAGAUUUCCGGAGAGGGGAAAUGAAAUGGAAUGGGUUUUUCUGUCAUAGUUCCUGGGUUAAUCCUAUACCAGUAUUUGAAAGGUUUCCUUCUGUAAGGCAUCUGCUGUUUGUGGCGUCAUGGCGGGUCUUUGAUGAGAGCAUGAUUGUAAAAACCCUCUGCUGGAGCGCACGUGUCUCACUUUCACCUCCGGGGCUGCGGGCUGCUUGCAUUGAAAGCUGCGUCUGAAAUUUCACAUCUGUGCUCUUCAUGAUCAUCUAAAAAAAUUGAGGGGUUAAAAACAAACAACCCGCAGUUUCACCUCGUGAACGCGCCUCGAGCGAGGCGACAUAGUUUUCAAGAGAUGACAGCUGGUUCUUCUCGAAUCUGCGUCCUGCUGCUGCUGCUGCUGCUGCACCUGGCGGCGUUGCUGGAUGCGAGCAGGGUCCGAAAGAAGGCCAGCAGGACCCGGUCCUGUCUGGACCUGCCGGAGGAGAUUCUGGAGCAGAUGUUCGGACGGCUCUCCGUGGGAGUGAUGAGCGCUUUCCACCACGCCCUGCAGCUGAAACCGCAGGACAAACUCAACCUGAGCUGCCCGUCCACGGCGGGGACUCUGACCGCCAGUAGGACGCGCCUCCCGGUCAACCUGCUGAGCGUCUCCCCCUGGGCCUACAGGAUUUCCUAUGACCCAACCAGAUAUCCUCGCUCCAUCCCUGAGGCCUACUGUCUGUGCAAAGGCUGCUUGAUUGGACCAUCAGGAGAGGAGAGCAGGCAGUACCGCAGUACUCCAGUUUACUCUCCGUCCGUCAUCCUCAGAAGGACCGGCUCCUGCGCUGGCGGGCGCCACUCCUACUCUGAGAUCUACGUCUCCGUCGCUGUGGGAUGCACCUGCGUUCCACUGCUGGAGAAGGACAGAGAGCCACAGAGCAGAAACCAAACCCUGCAGAGAGGAGCCCCCAAAGCCAGAAGAGUCUCUGCUGCUGGACACAAGGGCUGAAGAAAGGAGGACUCCAAAUGCUCUGGCUUUUUUCCCCAUAAAGACUCAGUUCUGCAGAGGCUUUAUAUCUACACUACGGUACUCACAAUUAUUUAGGAGAGCUUUUCCUAUUUGGUCUGAAUUUUAAUGAAAUAUGCUAAAGUUUCCUUUGAUAUCACCAAUAAUGACUGAGAAAGAACAUCAUUUUCAUUAGUUUGACAUUCAUCAACGUUAACCCAAAAAUGAAGACAAUAAUAAAGAAAUCCCCAAAUAACCAAAA